AUCGCAUCGAACUCACCACCCCGGGAAUCAACACAAUGGACCCAACGGAAGACCCCCAAAACAUGGAAGAGGAGCUAGACUCCGACAUUACGUCCAUUCGCGCAGAGAUCCGAACCCUCCAACGCCGCAAACGCCUCUUAGCAAGCAGCAUCCUCUCGUCGAGCGAGUUCCAAAAACGCGUAAAAUCCCUCUCCGCGCCGUCUCUCACCUCGCUGGCCAAAAAGCUCUCCCCGCUACUCACCGACGCCGAGAACCACGCCGACGUGAAUCACCACCGCAUCGCGUUCUCCGCCACCAGCUUCCCGUUCAAAGACCCCGAUCCGAACGCUCGCGAUCAGAAUCUGCUUGGGCUGCGCAUCGAUCUGUGUCAGCGGGACGGGCGGUUCGUGAAGCCGUAUUAUGUGCUUUUGAAGCGGGUAGAGAGUGGGAAGGAGAACGGGGAGAAAAGGUUGAAGGUGCAUAGGCAUACGAUACCGGCAUUUAUUCCGAUGGAGAGUUUAGAGAGGGUUUAUUUGCCGGGGGCGAGUUCGGGUUCUGCGACGGAGGGAGGGGAGAGGGGGGAUGAUGUUGCGGCGAUGAAGGCGCGGCAAAAAGCUACCAAGCCGAGAAAGCAAGAUCUGCAGGGUCUGGUGCGCGAAUUGCGCCGACAGCUGGUGGCGUGGCAAUUGCGCGUGGAUGCGAUUGGGCUUUUGCGAGAGACGCUGGGGGUUGUUCGACGGGGGGUGGACGACUAUCAAGACGACGACGGGGUGUGGGAGCGGAAUUUCCUGAACCAUAAAGAGGAGACGAGGCUGGAGGCGAAUGAUCUGGGGAUUGUCUCGUUGGGCCCUACGGCGCUGGAGGCUGUGUAUGUGCGUGUGGAAUGGGCGAGUGGGCAGGUGGGACGAUUCAAGAUCUCGAAUUCGGGGAUUGUGGAACGCGCGGUGGUGAUUGGGGACAAUGGACGGGAUAAAGCGUUGGAGGUUGCGCUGACGGGGGGAAAUGCGAGAGUGGAAACGGUUCUCGACCGGCUCAAGAAGCAUGCUGAAGCUAAAGCGUGAAUGCUGUUUGAAUUUGGAUUUACAUGGGCUGGCUUGAUUACCAUGCGAUGAUACCCCGAAGCCUCCCAGGACCUUACUAUCUAAUUGAACUAAUUGUCUUGAAACAAAUCUAAUAUUGC